GUGACAAUCGGUUCCUUUUGCCUUUUGUCACCUUCGGCUUCCUCCCUGUUAGUAAAAUUGAUCAUAAUCCAUAAGGAGGACGAAAAAGGACACAGACAAUCCAGAUGUGACAGAAUUAACACAAAGCACAAAGCAUUGUGUUACAUCAAAUCAAACCAUCUGUGCCCUUACGAUCUUUCUGCUACAAGUUUGAUCAACAAAAAAAAUAAAAUCAAUUAACACAAAAAAUAAACCAACAAGAAAAAAAAGAAGUGUUAGUCACUGUUCAUCAAGAUGAACGACCUAUUCUCAAGCUCCUUCAAGAAAUACAGUGACCUGAAAGAACAGUCCCACAUUGAUGAUGUGGAAGCUGGGAAGGAAAGUGUCAACCUCGAUAAGUUCUUCGACGAGGUGGAGAAUGUGAAAGAAGACAUGAGACUAGUUGAGAAGUUGUAUAGAAAACUGCAAGAGUCUAAUGAAGAAAGCAAAAUCGUUCACAAUGCUAAAACCAUGAAGGAUCUUCGAGCCAGAAUGGACCAAGAUGUUCAGCAGGUUCUCAAACGCGUGAAACUCAUAAAGGGCAAGCUUGAAUCUCUCGAACGUUCCAAUGCAGCCAACAGAAACAUUCCAGGGUGUGGUCCAGGUUCCUCAGCGGAUCGAACCCGAACCUCGGUGGUUAGUGGCUUAGGGAAGAAACUGAAGGACUUGAUGGAUGAUUUUCAAGGGUUGAGGGCAAGAAUGCAGAAUGAGUACAAGGAAACCGUGGAACGAAGGUACUUCACCAUCACAGGAGAAAAGGCUGAUGAGGACACCAUAGAGAACUUGAUAUCAAGUGGAGAAAGUGAGAGUUUUCUUCAGAGGGCGAUUCAGGAACAAGGGAGGGGUCAGAUAAUGGACACCAUAUCGGAGAUUCAAGAGAGACACGAUGCUGUUAAGGAGAUAGAGAAGAACUUGAUUGAGCUGCAUCAGGUGUUUUUGGACAUGGCAGCUCUUGUUGAGUCUCAGGGUCAACAACUUAAUAACAUAGAGAGUCAUGUGGCACGUGCGAGUUCUUUUGUGAGGAGAGGCACUGAGCAACUUCAAGAUGCCAGAGAGUAUCAAAAGAGUUCUAGGAAGUGGACUUGUUAUGCCAUUCUUCUUGGCAUUGUGCUUGUUGUUGUGCUCCUGUUUCCUCUCUUGACAUCACUUUUACCUCACUUAUUGUAUUGAAGAAUAUAUGUAUCUUGAAGAGUUUAAUUAUUUCCAACCCCAACAUUAGAUUUUGCAUUAUUCUGAAAUGUUCAAGAGCUAAGUAGUACUACUAGCAUGUGGCCAUGCACGCACGCUGAAACAUGAAACAUAUGCAGAAACAUGAAACAUUCAAGUGCUUUGUAUGAAAUUGUUGAUGCAGGUGACCUUUUGAAGCCAAGAAAAAGCCACAGAACCAAGUUAUUCUGAGUAUUUUGGAUUCCCAUAGAGUUGUAAUAGCAAGACAACAGUUCUAAACAUGACAAUGACAACGUUGUAAUAGCAAGUUGACUCGCUUUGGAAUGAUUCCAUUUUUGUCUUAUAUUCUUAUUUUGU